ACAGAAUUUUAAGAAAGAAUCACAAUUUUUACAAAAAAGAGUAAAAAAGUUAGCUUAGUGGGUAAGGCAUCCUUCCCAUAUACAAAGGCUCAGUCUACAGCGUUUUGAUACUUUUUGCUGAUAAAACUUCUGUACUUUUACUCAAGUAGUUUAAAUGCAAGACUUUCACUUGGAAUUAAGUACUUUUCAUACUGGUACUUUUACUAAAAUGUGGAACCUCGUUUAACCACAUGAAAUCACUGUUAUCUCAAAUCAAAUACUUCAUUUAUCUGCCCACAAACAGGAAAAUGAGCGCGUUAAUUCCUUCAGAGAGGAGAGAUAACGUGUCGGUAAUACGCCGAGUUGUGCAAACUACUGUAAUCCUUCAUCAUGUGACUCAUAGUAAUAAUCACUUCAUAAUGAAGAGAGACGUCUGUCGUGGUGAGACGGAGGCAGAAGAGGAGAGCUGCUCAGUCACACCUCAACAUCCUCAGGUGAGUGUCGCUGCAGUGUUUUAUUAGAAGUCUAUGAGCUGUGCCAAUCACUUUAAAUGUAGUUUAUGAGCGUUUUAGUGACUCUUUACUAAAUAAAACUGAACUUUUAUAAACUGCUGCUGUCAGAGGUGAUUUUUUUCAGAGCACAUUAUCUGUCUAUUCGUUUUAGAGACAAAGACCAAACGGCAACAACAGCAGUUAAUUGAAGGGCUUGAUUUUAAUUGCCCGACACAGUUGUGACCUUCAUUCAUUCACUGACAUUAAAUAUUCAAAUGCAAAUCAGCUGGUGAAUCACAGCCGGUAAAGCUGUCCUAUAAAUACGGACACAGACCAUCCUGUUGUCCUCGCAGGGGCCUGACAGAGGUGAUCCUGCCUGAGCAGGAGCGCAGAGGAGAAGGGAAGAAGAAGGAGGAGCAGGAGGAGGAGGAGGAACUUUUUGGAGAGAAGAGAGCGCGUAAAAAAAAUCGUAUGAUGUCUGUAGUUGGCGCGCAGCCUUUCAUCAAACCAAUGCAGUCAUCACCGUCAGUUUCGCCUGGUAACCAGAGGAGACACACGCUCCCAGCGAGCGAAGUCCGACCGCUCAACACACAAGAUGCUAUCAGCGUGUUUGAGAUCGAGAGAGAAGCAUUCAUCUCAGUGUCAGGUGAGUGUCCCCUCCACCUGGAUGAGGUGCGUCACUUCCUCACCUUGUGUCCGGAGCUGUCCAUGGGCUGGUUCGAGGAGGGGCGGCUGGUGGCUUUUAUCAUCGGCUCUCUCUGGGACCAGGACAGACUCACCACAGACGCACUGACGCUCCACAAGCCCUGCGGCUCCACCGUCCACAUCCACGUCCUCGCCGUCCACCGCACCUUCAGGCAGCAGGGCAAAGGUCCCCUCCUGAUGUGGCGUUACCUGCAGUAUCUCCGCUGCCUGCCCAACGUGCGCCGAGCUGUGCUGAUGUGCGAAGACAUUCUCAUUCCCUUCUACCGCAAGUCAGGCUUCAAGGUGCUGGGGCGCUGUGCCAUCACCGUGGCCAACCUGACCUUCACAGAGAUGUGGUACCCCAUCAGCGGCCACGCGUACAUGAGGCGCAACAGUGAAGCCAUCCGUUUCCCUCAGAAUCCACUGACUCUGCCACUGACAAAGACUGAUGAGCAGGUCGAUGUAUGACAUGUCAGUGAGGUUGUCUUUCAUUUAAAAUCAGUGUUGUACUCCUUGUAGGACGUGUCAGGGUCUUCUCAGUGGUCUCUGUUUUGUUGGGACUUCUUUCGUCAAUCUAUGUUUUGUGAAAUUGUCUUAUUGUGUACAGUAAAAACAAGAGUGUACUGUAAUGUGAUGUAUUAUAUGUAAUCAGGUUUUGUCAGAGAGGAGUAGAGGUGUGUGUCAAACUGUGAGUUGCUUCGAUGGUGUGUUGCACUUUGUGGUAGACGUUUGGAUUCGUUGCUGUAGAGUAAGAUGCCUCCUGCUUAGCACCUUCCUGUGCUUCCCAACAACUGAUGGACUGACGUCAGCGACCAGGCUUUAGCCCGCUCAACCUCAGCUCCUUCAGCUCUAUUAGGGGGCUUUAACUGUUGUAAACGUCGGAGGAUUUAGAAGGGGAUCCAGUCAUCAGUUCACUCAUCAGUCUGCAGAUCUAAUGACGUUACUUAAACCAGCAAGUGUAAUGUAGAUUUGGAUUAGAUGGAAGAGCUGGUUGAGAUUCUGUACUGUUUCAUGUUUGUGUCACAAUUCCAAUAAAAAUGUUUUAUACUGUUUUUUUU